GCUGGAAGAAAACUACAUUGUCUGUGAAGGAGUUUGUUUACCAAGAUGCAUCCUUUAUGCACACUAUUUAGACUUCUGCAGAAAAGAGAAGCUGGAACCUGCCUGUGCUGCAACUUUUGGGAAGACCAUUCGCCAGAAAUUCCCUCUCCUUACCACAAGGCGGCUUGGAACAAGGGGACAUUCAAAGUAUCACUAUUAUGGAAUUGGCAUUAAAGAAAGUAGUGCGUAUUACCACUCUGUGUAUUCUGGAAAAGGCUUAACCAGGUUCUCUGGAAGCAAGUUAAAGAAUGAGGGUGGUUUCACUCGUAAAUAUUCUCUGAGUUCCAAAACUGGAACUCUCCUCCCAGAGUUUCCGAGUGCUCAACACCUUUUGCUUCAAGGGUGCCUUUCUAAAGACAAGGUAGAUACUCUUAUCAUGAUGUACAAAACACACUGUCAGUGUGUCCUUGACAAUGCAAUUAAUGGGAACUUUGAAGAGAUUCAGCAUUUCUUACUACAUUUUUGGCAAGGAAUGCCUGACCAUCUUCUUCCCCUGCUUGAAAAUCCCAUCAUUGUUGACAUCUUCUGUGUUUGCGACUCAAUACUGUAUAAGGUCCUUACAGAUGUACUCAUCCCUGCAACAAUGCAAGAAAUGCCAGAAAGUUUACUGGCAGAUAUAAGAAAUUUUGCAAAAAAUUGGGAACAGUGGGUUGUUUCCUCUUUGGAAAAUCUACCAGAAAACCUGACAGAUAAGAAACUGCCUAUUGCACGAAGAUUUGUUUCCUCCUUGAAACGACAGACAUCAUUCCUACACCUAGCACAG